UUAAAAUCUUUCCAACGUCUCCAUGGCCACUCACUAAAAGAAAGGAGUCUGAAGUUCCAGCGGAGAUCCAGUGAGCACUCUGGGCCCAUGGUCUCAAAAAGAAGCUCCAGGAUGUUCCAGCUGCUCCAGGGUCACAUCCAGCCGGCUGGACUCCGAAGCUGCAAAAACCGCCUGGUCACCAAAGACGGGCGCUGCAACAUUGAGUUUGGCAGCACUGAAUACAGCAACCACUACGCCUACCUGGUAGACUUCUGGACCACCUUCGUGGAGAUCCGCUGGCGCUUUGUUCUCGUCCUGUUUGUCGCUGCGUUCACUGGCAGCUGGUUCAUCUUCAGUCUACUGUGGUACUGGAUCGCAAAGAACAACGGGGAUCUGAUGGGACAGAAUCGCACAGAUGGACAUGUCAAGUGUAUAGAAAACGUUCACAGCCUAACAACAGCCUUCCUCUACUCUUUGGAGACACAGACCACCAUCGGGUACGGCGGCAGAGCGUUGACUGGGCACUGUGCUGGAACGGUGGCUCUGAUAAUGAUCCAGUCUCUGAUCGGCGUCUUCAUCAAUUGUUUCAUGUGCGGGGUCAUCUUAGCUAAGAUCUCCUUACCUAAAAGACGGGGAAAAACCGUAACCUUCAGCGACACAGCCGUCAUCUGCCUGAAGAAAGGAAGUCUGUGUCUCCUGAUCCGAGUAGCCAACCUCCGAAAGACUUUAUUAAUUGGCAGCCAGAUCUACGGAAAGCUGCUUAGGACAACAACGAGUCCAGAUGGAGAGACCAACAUCCUGGAUCAGGUGGACAUUGACUUCAUGGUCGAUGCCGGCAAGGAUAACUUGUUUUUUGUCUGCCCUUUGACUCUGUACCAUGUGAUAAACAGAUCAAGCCCGUUUUAUGGGCUGUCGGCUGAUUCUCUCCCCCUGCAGGACUUUGAGUUGGUAGUCUUUCUGGACGGGACGGCCGAGUCCACUAGCUCUGCUUGUCAGGUCCGAACCUCCUACAUCCCACAGGAGAUACAGUGGGGGUACAGUUUCCUGCCAAUCAUUUCCCGCACCAACACAGGAAAGUACCGCGUGGAUUUCUCAAACUUUUCCAGGAGCAUUCAGGUCACCACGCCACACUGCGUCCAGUGCUUCGAAGCAGACGCAGACCAGAAAAACCACAACAGCCACAACGGAGAGAACCACAACAAUCAGAAGAAACGGGGGGUCGACAACCUGGGGUUCGAAGUCAUCGAUAUUCACGACUCAAUGGACAUCACCAAAAUGUGAGCAACAAUGAGAGACUGAAGGUAAAAAAGCAAAGUGGCACUGGAAGUGGGAAAUAAAGGCUUAGGUCACACUGCAAGCCCAA